AUGGAGAAAGAGAAAGGGAAUAACUGCACAUCAUCAAGUGAGUUCCUCCUGCUGGGAAUGGGGAACAUCCCCUCACUCCAUACACCACUCUUCCUCCUCUUGCUCCUGAUCUACUCGGUGACCGUGGUUGGGAACAGCCUCAUUGUUGUGCUGGUGGUGGCAGACCGGCAUCUGCAUGUAAUGGACCAGCAUCCAUCUAGUGAGUGUUUCCUGCUGGCAUCCAUGUCCUAUGAUCGGUACUUGGCCAUACGCCAGCCCCUGCUCUAUGCAAGCCUCAUGACCUGGAAGGUUUGUCUCCUGAUGGCAGCUGGGUUAAAGUUCUGUGGCCCUGCUGCAACUGACAACUUCUUCUCUGAUUUUACUCCUUUGCUGGAGCUCGCGUGCACUGACACCAGUGUAGUUAAAAUAGUAACUUUCAUCCUGACUCUCCUGGAUUCAGUCUUCCCCUUCCUGAUCACGCUGGCCUCCUACGUGUCCAUCAUAAUUGCCAUCCUGAGGAUCCCCUCCAGCAUGGGCAGGCAGAAGGCCUUCUCCACCUGCUCCUCGAACCUCACUGUCGUCACUGUUUUCUAUGGCUCCCUCAUCAUUGUCCACAUGCUGCCCAGAACCCCCAGACUCAGACAGCUCAACAAGGUGUUCUCCUUCUUCCUACCCUGUCCUCACGCCCCUUGUCAAUCUCCUCACCUACAGUCUGCAGAGCAAGGAGCUCAGGAAGGCCCUGAGGAAAGCACUCAGGAAAGAUUUGGGUGGUACCUAGAGGUCAUGCCAGUUGAAAUGGUCACAGACAACUUCCAACUUGUACAAAGCAAAGCGCUGCCUACUGCAGGACCUCUUUAG